AAGCGACGCUGCCAUCGAUCUAUCUUCAUCGACUUUCCUUUUCCGUUUCGAGAUGAUGAAGAAAGCGGAGCUAGUGUUCAUCCCAGUGCCUGCAAUAGGUCAUUUGGUAUCCGCAAUUCAAUUGGCUAAGCUUUUAGUGGAUCUCAAUUCCAACCUCUCCAUCACAGUCCUCGCCAUCAAGCCACCCCGCGACGCAAAAGUCUCCGCCUACAUCGACUCUCUCGCAGCCGCCACCCGCAUCAAAUUCGUUGUCCUCCAACAAUCUGGCGCAGAAGUUGAUGUUUUCAGGUUUUUGGGUUCUUUAGUUCAAACCCACAGACAGCUUGUGAAAGAGGCCGUCACCAGCAUAGUUGAGCACUCCAACUCCGUUCCAGACUCACCUCGACUCGCGGGGUUCGUUAUCGACGUGUUUUUAACUCCUCUCGUAACCUUGGCUAACGAGUUCGGCGUUCCUAGCUACGCGUUUUACACUGCGGGUGCUGGUUUUCUUGGCUUCCAAUUCUACACUCAAGCUCUUCACGAUGAACAAAACGUUGAUUUCGUCGAGUUAAAAGACUCGGACACUGAGUUCACCAUUCCAUCAUAUGUCAACCCGGUUUCCAUUAGAUUAUUUCCGUCCGUAAUGUUAAAUCCUCAAGCAGUUACCAUCUUCCUUAACAUGGCGAAAGGGUUACGAGCGGUGAAGGGUAUAAUGGUAAAUACAUUUUCCGAGUUUGAGACCCAUGCGCUUGAUUACCUUACUAAUGGUAAGCUUCAAAUUCCACCCGUUUACCCGGUGGGACCCAUAUUGAAUCUCGAAGGCUUAAGCAGAGUCCAUCAGAAUUAUGAUACAAUCAUGCAAUGGCUCAACGAACAACCUCGUUCAUCGGUAGUGUUCCUCUGCUUCGGAAGCAUGGGAAGCUUCAGUGUGGCUCAAGUGAAAGAGAUCGCCAACGCACUGGAGCAGAGUGGGCACCGAUUCUUGUGGUCUUUACGGCGACCGGCGGAGCAAGUAAAGGGUAUUAAUGGAUGUCCGUUGGAUUACGAAAACGUGGAGGAGGUGUUGCCGGAAGGGUUCUUAAACCGGACGAUUGAGAUUGGUAAGAUCAUCGGUUGGGCACCACAAGUGGCCAUCUUAAGUCACCCCGCAAUAGGAGGAUUUGUGUCGCACUGUGGCUGGAAUUCUAUAUUAGAGAGCAUAUGGUUUGACGUGCCUAUGGCAGCAUGGCCGCUUUACGCGGAGCAGCAGUUGAAUGCAUCGAUGUUGGUGAAAGAGUAUGAAUUAGCGGUGGAGAUUAAGAUGGACUAUAAGAACGAUGACGAUGAGGUUUCAAUCGUAGAGGCAGAGACGAUAGAGAAAGGAAUUAGACUGUUGAUGGAGCAUGACGGUGUCGUUCGACGGAGAAUGAAGGAAAUGAGUGGUAAGUGUAGGAAGGCUUUAAUGAAAGGUGGAUCUUCACAUUCCAUGUUACAUCGUUUUAUCGAUAAUGUGGUGGACAAUAUGCCAUGAAAUAGCUGGUUUAGU